AACAGCAUUUAUAUCACUCGAGAACCUUUUCCUGUAAAGAGUUGGAAUUUUAGUGUUAUUUAGGUAAUAGUUUGAAAAGGUCUAAUAUCUGAUAGAGAAGAGGACACAUUGAUCAUUAAACAUGCGUUACUUCGUUGGUGUCGUAUUCCUGAUACUGGAUGUGUUAGCUGUUAUUAACCCAACUUCGGCCGCUUCCUGUACUAUCUCUAAAUAUAGCGAAAACGAUAUUCAAGAUGCAGUGAAAGACUGCACUGAAAUUGUCUUAAACGGCAUAAGUGUUCCAGCUGGCACUGCUUUAAAUUUAAAUUUGAAUACAGGCACUAAACUCACUUUCCAAGGUACAAUAACUUGGGAAUUUUAUGAGUGGAAUGGUCCAUUGCUUAACAUUACCGGUGAACAGAUAGAAAUAACUGGUACUUCAGGCCAUGUACUAAAUCCGCAAGGAGAUUUAUGGUGGGAUGGUCUAGGAGAACACGGAGGAAAAAUUAAACCGGUAUUUUUCAUCUUACACGGAAUGAAAAAUUCUGUAAUUCACGAUAUAACUGUAAAAAACACCCCUUACCACGCUAUUUGGAUUGAAGAUAGUGAUGGUAUUUCCGCGUCUAAUAUUGUUGUUGAUAACAAAGACGGUGACACCAAGGGAGGCCAUAACACAGACGGUUUUAAUGUGUGGAGAUCCAACGCCGUCAAAUUAAGUGGUAUCACUGUUUAUAAUCAGGAUGACUGCAUUGCCAUAAAGUCUGGCACCAACGUACAAGUUACAGACACCUACUGUUAUGGUGGUCAUGGCCUAUCAAUUGGUUCAGUCGGUGGAAGAGACUAUAACAUUGUCGAAAAUGUUCUGGUAUCAGAUGUUGAAAUAGAAAAUUCAGACAAUGGAGUGAGAAUUAAAACUGUUUACGAGGCUACUGGUUCUGUAACCAAUGUCAUAUAUGAAAAUAUCGUCUUAAAGGACAUAAAAAAAUUUGGAAUUGUCAUCGAAGGUGAUUACAAUAUUGAGACUGGUGGUACCACAGGUGUUGCGACUGGCGGUGUUCCGAUUACUAAAUUUAUAUUGAAAAAUGUUACUGGAACAGUUAAAAAGUCAGGUGUAAACAUUUACAUUCUAGUUAAAAAUGCCGCUGAGUGGGACUGGUCUGGAAUCAACGUUACCGGUGGAGAAAAGACAAAAAAAUGCGAGGGCAUCCCUGAAGGAAGCGGAAUAUCUUGUUGACACACAUUGUAUUUUGAAAAUAUAUGAUGCUUCAUUAAAUAAAUGAUAGAUAUACAUCAA